AUGGCGUUAAAAUUGAUGUCCGUUACGUUGGGCAUCCUGCAGUUGACUGCGGCGUUACCAACAAUACUACAAGACCUGGAGAUGGCUGAUGACACUAUGUCAAUAGGAUCGUACAUACGAGAAGCUAGGGCCGCCCCGCCAGAAAACUUUCACAGAUCAUAUGAGAAUGAAGGUGAUGGUGAAAUAGGAUAUUCGAGAAAGAAGUCUGGUGGUGGUAAGAAAGGCUACCAGCAUUUCAACUCAUACCACAAGAAGGCAGGCGAUAACUACGAAUUCGAGAAGCAGGACUCAUUCGGUCACGACGACGAGGGUCAAGCGGGGGCUCACAGCCACAACCAUGAGACAAAAGCUCAGAAAUAUCGGGAACCUGAGGCUGAAGACGUCGGUGACGACGAGGAGAAGAGACCAGCCGAGACAAACAAGGGGAGACAUCAUGAAGAGCUAAAAGAGGGCGCUAGCGAUGGCAACGGCGGCACAGAAUCUUUCGGUCAUGAUCCCAAUGACUACAUACUUCCUGAAAAAUAUACGUACGGAAGCGGGGAGGAAUAUAAUUUUUAG